AUGUGGAGAAAAUACCAUAAACCAUAUCAUGAUUAUCAGUCUGAAUACAAUCAAUGCACAAAACUGUAUUCUGAAGAAUUCAGUCCAGGCGUAUCCAGAUCAGCUGCGAACAAUGCUCAGUAUUCAACUCCAACUUCACAGCCUUCUUCUUCUCCAUACUCACUGCCUCAGAGUCAUUCUCAAAAUCAUCUUAAUUCAGUAACUCCUAAUUCAUUGUAUAAUGGACAAAUGGAUUUAUGUUUCCCUUCUAAUAUGAUUUCGUCUCCCGCGUAUUCAUCAUCAACUUCAAAUCGUCCUCAUUCUGUUGAAUUAUUUUCACAUGUUAAUUCAGAUUUGAGAGGAGGAAGAAGAAGAAUAAGAGAUGUUACUGAUGAAUACAGAGAAUAUACACAGAAUUUUCCUCGAAAUGACGAUGUUAUUACUGAAAUCAACAAUAGUAGUGGUAGUAAUAUGAUAAUCCAAAGGGUUUCUGCUACUACUACUACUACAGACAGAUGUCACUUAAAUGAAACAUGGUUUGGGAAUACUACUAUUAAUAAUAAUAAUAACAAUAAAAGUAAUAAUAAUAAUAACAGCUAUUGGUCAAACCCAUAUUAUCCUGACCUGUCAUACAUGUCCAGCACAGAUAGUGGUCCCACUUGGUUAGACAAGUCGAUGACAACACCAGCUUCUUCAACGUCUUCAUGUAUUCCAACAGGACUUACAGAUUAUAAUAAUAAGCAGACAUCCUGUUAUCCGAAGCAUCAUCGUCAACUUCAACAAUAUCAUCAGGGAAAUUAUAGAGCAUUACCCUUCUGGAGUGAAAAUAGUCAUUUACAAGACUCAAAUUUAUACAAUUCACAUAAUCCAUAUGUUCAGUGUAGUCGAAUGAUGGAUAACACUAAUACUACUAUCACCAGUACUAAUGGUACUUCCAUUAACAAUAUAAGUGGACAUAAUUCCUCCUGCUUCUCCUCCUCAGAAGAAUCAGAAAAUAUGCCUAACCAUCAUAAUUCUGUAUUGUUGCCUUCGUCAUCCGAGUCGGCAGUAACCACAUCCUCUGCACAUAAUGCUACUCCUUAUUCAUCAAAUCCCUUAACAAUGAAUGAAGUUAGUCAAAGGCAUAAUGAACAAAUGAACAAUAUAAAUCCACUAUUAAAUAUAUCCUCUCACCAAUUAACUAGUAAUUAUCAAAAUUCCUUUGAUGAUCAAACAGUACAAAAUAUUCCCUCUGUGAAUAGUUCAAUUCAUACUUAUAUUAAUUCAUUUCAGCAUUCAUCGAAUUUAUUGUACAGUCCUUUUUUACAAUCAGUUUUUGAUGAACAAACAGCACAGACAACACCGAUAUCUUCAUCAAUACAACCACCACCAUCAAUAUUCCCUUCGUCUACGCCUACUACUCAUCUUGGUCAAUAUGAUCAAUUCUUUGUAAAUGCUAACCCAAUUAGUAAUAAUUUAGUUGUAUGCAGUAUGUCAUCUAUGGAUACAGAUUGUAUGCCGUUUCAUACAUGCAAUUAA